AUGGCGGGCUCCGCAGUGUUGCCUUGUUACCUAGGCAUGCGGCCCCCAGCCCAGUUCCCGCCCGCUAUCGACGCCUCCUCGCCUGGUGCUGCCCAAGCUCUGCUCUUCACAACCGCCGAACAAACACGUCGUCAUGCCCUUCAUAUUUUUUCCUGUCGCACACGUUCCAGAUGCAUGGCGUAUCGGUCUGGUACGGGCCUUUCCGACUCAGGUUCUGGGUCUUAUUCCGCCUCCCCCAGCUCCAACGCCUCUACCUCACUAGGCUUCACAACCUUUUCUCCGACAGCCACCCCCAUCUAUUCGAAUUCCGUUAGCCUAGCAAACAACUUCUCUAGUGCGCCCCUCUCUUACUCGACGUAUGGUAACAUGUCGUCGACUCGAAGGAUGUCGUCACUAACUGAUACUUCGUCGUCGGCUAUGUCCAUGUUACCUCCGGCACGAUCACCUGGGAUGGGCAAUCCUGUGUCACCCUCCAUGGGCGCGUCGGCUAGAGAUAAUUAUACCACAUCAACACCUGGUCUGCUCCGACAUUCACACACUCUUUCCCCCCGGCAACAUUCAGAGGCGUCUCGUUACAGCUCCCUCCCCGACACUCCACGAAGUGUCCUACCUACUACCAUGCCUUUGACGACAUCUGGGGCUUAUGGCUCAGCCUUGCUGGGGUAUGGAUCGCAGCCUGCUCAGCACGGCCAGAACGAGACACCUCCAUUCAACGCCCAGGAGACUUAUGUCGAUAUCACAUGCGAAGGCACUGCCGUAAUUCCUAGCAUUGAAGCUAAGAUUGAAAAAGGCUUCUUCUGGUCUAGCGAUCGGGUGUGGACAUGCUAUCGAAGGAAUUACUUCGCGGUGAAUGUCUCAUUCACACUCACCCCCUGGAUCGCAAAUGGCCGGCUCUACUCUAUGGCUGUUUCGCUGUCCGCUGCAGUUGAUGGUGCAACUGGCAAGAGCAUCGAGCUGAUCCAGCACACCCCAAAACGCGACAAGGGUCCUCAACUUCCAAUGAAAAAAGAACUCCUCGCACCCACACCACCCGGGAAGAGCCACAAUGACCAUACCUAUGGUCUGAAUAAUUUUCACACUACUUCCCAGAUUGCGGCGGCCCCGCAACUACCCCUUCAGAACGAGUCUGACCAGUCCCACCAGUAUUCCCCGACAAGCCAUUCCUCAAGCACGUACCAGCACGCCUUUGAAAGGAUUCAAUUCAAGUCGGCAACUGCUAACAACGGAAAAAGGAGAGCACAGCAGCAAUAUUACCACUUAAUUGUGGAGCUGUGGGCAAACAUCCAGAAUCCUCGAGACUCGGAACCAAAUUGGGUUAAGGUCGCUACGCGAUCAUCUCAUCCUGUUGUUGUGCGCGGCCGGUCACCAAGUCAUUACUCAAAUGAAGGACCUCACAAUGCUGGUACCUCUCGGGGUGGAAGCGGCUCAGGCGUUGGCGGCCCCGGUCAUCCAGGGCUUGGAUCUAACGGGCCUGCGUACGGAACAGGAUAUAGGAACGGAAUGUCAGGCGGUGGGGGUGCUACUAUGGGCGGAAGUAUGUACAGAGGAAACACUUACUCACUAGACCCCAGCCCGGUUGGCAGCCACUCCGUCAGUUCUGCAAGCUCCCUAAGUGGAGGGACGGUUGAAGGCUUGGUAGGAGACCAACACAUGGUGGACGAAGACGAAAACAAGCCCAUCGACAGUUAUGAUGGGUAUCAAUACUUCCCAGCCCCGAUCUACGAAGGGAUUCCAUCAAAGGUCGACGUACCGGCGCUCCCACUUCCUGAACGGACGAUCAAGCAAGAGUUUCCAGGCCCCGCCGCCAUCGCAUCCGGCUGGCAGGUUGGAGGGUGCGGGCGGUUCCAAGGUAUGGAAAGUAGUCGCGGGUAUUACCCAGACAUGGCGGCCCACACGGGGUACUAA